AUGGGACCUUUUCCAACAGCAGAAUCAGGAUUGGUGUAUGUGGACUAUUAUAGCCGUUUCUUUGAAACUUUUAUUUUGAAGAACACAGGAUCAGCCAAAAUCAUCGAAUGUCUGGAGGAAACAUUUGCUCGCUAUGGUAUUCCUGACAGUCUAAGAAGUGACAAUGGAGCUCAGUUUCAAUCUACAGUAUGUGAGAAGUUUUUAGAGGAGUAUGGCAUCACCCAUGAAACAUCAACACCUUAUUGGCCGCAAGCUAACGGAGAGGUGAGCGACAGAAUAAGACCUUAUUUAAAGAUAUUAGGACCGUUCAUUUUGAAGGGAAGGAUUGGAGAGAGGAGCUACCAAAAUUCCUAUCAGCUUACAGAAGCACACCGCACACAGUAA